AUGAAGCUAGCCGAGGCAUUACGGAUAAGGAAAGAUUACUUAUCUAGGUUGAAACAGUUGGAAUCUCGUAUUAAUGACAAUUGCUCAGUUCAGGAAGGUGAUGAGCCAGCAGAAAACCCAAAUGAGUUAAUUGAAGAAUAUAUGAAUUUAUCGGCUGAGUUAUCUAAUCUAAUAUGUAAUAUUAAUUUGUCAAAUACUCAAAUCAAGUUUUUAUUUGGGAAUCAUGAAGAGCCAAAAUCUAUGACGCAAGCUUUAGCAGAAAGAGAUCAAUAUAUUAGGAACAUCGAAGUAGUUAGAAAUGCAGCUAAGAAAGGCGUUAUUAAGAGGGAUAUGUACUCAAGAAGUGAAAUUAAAUUUGUAUCCACUGUUAAAGUAAAAGAUUAUCAACGUCUGGUGGAUAAAUUAGCCCAACAUUUGAGGAUCUUGGAUACCAAGAUACAAGAACAAAAUUGGUUGUCUGAUUUGGUAACUGAAAUCACUUGA